AUGUCAAUGGGCCUUCACUCUGCGCGCGAGGAACUAGGACUACCUAAUGUACCUGGUAGCCAUGGUGUCAACCUCUCCACAAACACUGGCUAUCUUAAUGGUGACGUUGGUCACUCAGUUGCUGGACUGCCUAAACCUAUCAGCCUCAGCCCGCGAACUUUUGGCAUGGAAGACCUACGCGACUUCUGUGGACCCGUCGGUACUUUCAAGACUGGACUCACGCCCCGUGUCUUUAGCACGGGCUUGACUCCGCGCACGGGCUUCACGCCUCGCUUUACGACUGGGUUCACGCCGCGCAUUAAUGUCGCUGGUUUGAGCCAAGCACCUAAUGCCCCACCAAAUGAGAGUUCCAAUGUCUUUUUACGUAAUGGUGUCGAUGCUAGUAACAACAAGAUCUCACCCUCUGGAUACACUCCUAAGGAUGUCUCUGGUGCUAAAAUACCCAUGCGCUUCCCUGGAGCCUUUUCGAAUAACAGUCCUCCUAAAAUGGCCAUGACUGAACAUUACAAGCAAGAGCAGCAACCUCCAUCACAUUCACACCUUCAGCAAAUGCAACAGAUACAUCACCAGACUCAACACAUGAAUCAUAGCUCGCAUCACCCGGGACAAAUACCUCAUCCAAGCAUGAAUAUGAACAUGUACGACUAUAUGAACCGUCCCGCGCUUCAGCAACCCACGAAUCCGCGUCUCAGUGUAACGCCGAACUCAGACCGUGCGUCAGACCAAGAGGAUUUGGACGAACGUCGUCGUAUGAAGAAUCGCGAGCGUGUUCGCAAGUGUCGUAAGCGCAAACAAGAUCGACUGAAUUUCUUGGAGGAUCGUACUGCAGAGCUUGAGGCAGAAAACGGUAUGCUAAAGACAAAAAUGGCACGCACUGAUUGCGGCGUCAAAGUUGAGCCGCUUUCUGAAGUUCAGUUGAAUGAUGUUCGGAAGCAACAAAACACAACAUUGUUUUCAUACAUCCGCGCGUACAAUGAAACUGAUGGUGCUACAUUCGAGUCAUGCGCUCGUGAUAUUUGGACGAACGAAGCUGAGAUUUUGUAUGGUACUAGCGCUACGUGCGUCGCUGGUUUGGCAGCCAUUGUCGCUAGUAAGAAAUCAAGUGCGAGCGUCUUUGCCAAGUAUGAAAUAAAGGAGUACACAGUGCAGUGGAAACACAACUCAACAGACAAAUGUUUGGUCAAUUGGCAAGUACAAGUGAGUUUGAGAAAGGAUGCAGCUAAGACCGUGCCACUGACUGCUCCGUUCGCCGAACUUGCGCCGUACUUUGGAGGCACCAAUGAAUUGUUGUCAUUCCAAAUGACUUCGCACAUCACGUUUGCCAAGGGCAAGAUCGCAGAAGAGAUUCGCCAACUGAACCUGUCGCCUAUUUGCGAAAAAGUCCUGGAGCGUUUUGCUGAGGAUCCUACGAAGGUCGCAAAUGUGCUGCGAUGUCUUAUGACGACUGUGUAG